UAAAUUUUUUUGAUAAACAUAAUCUGAUUAAUGAAAACCAAUUUGGAUUCCAGAAAAACAAGUCUACCCAAGACGCAAUUUCUUUUUUGACAUCAAAAUUAUACAAAUUACUGGACCAAAGUGAAUAUGCCCUGUGUGUGCGUUUAGAUGUAGCCAAAGCAUUCGACACAGUAGACCACUAGCUACUAUUAGAAAUCUUACACGACUCAGAAAUUAGAGAAUAACUUGGGUGUUUUCAACAGAAUUAUUCCGAUGUUGGAGAAAAACAUUGGAUUCUUGACCUGGGAUCUACCUGGACAUGGACUGUCACCUAGAGAACCGGCAGGAACAUACUGUCAUCACAGUAGUCUUUUGCUUUCGAUUAAUUAUAUAAAAGAAUACAUGAAGUGGGACAAAUUCUCAUUUUUGGGACAUUCCAUGGGUGGCAUGCUGACUGGUGAGUACACGAUGAUGAAUCCAGGUUCAAUGGACUUCACUAUCUGCGUAGAUGGCCUCAAACCAAUCCAAAUUACGGAUUCUCUGAAAAAUGCUGGCAGGCUGCUUAAGAUGUUUCCACGGAUAAAUUCCUUUGUUACAUCUACAAGAGAACCACCCAGUUAUACUUCACAACAAGUAAUGGCCAUGACCACAAGGAUUCAUGGACGGUCCAUUGCUGCAGAUCAUGCUCACCAUCUAUUAGAGAGAGCAAUAAAGCCUUCAAAAAUAAAACCUGGUACAAUAUCGAGAGGCAUAGCGUUGUAGACAGCCCGGUGGGUGUUAACUAUUUAUGCAAGC